CGUCCGUCGUCGAUAUCCCAGGCGAAAACGACGAUUUUCCCACGCCCUGUUCUCGCACUGUUUCUUCGUCGAAGUCCGUGGGAAAAUCGGCGCCAGCACUGACUCCGUUCUUCUCUCUCUUCACACUUUUCCCACGACAUGUCUACUACCCGACGACGAUCGCUCCGACCCGCCUCUGCUCUGAAAGCAAGCCUCUGCCCCGGACCAGCAACCCAGGAGGUGCUUUGCGGGAAUUGUGCUUUGAAGUUCAUCGCCACAAGACCAAGACUCCCCGUGGGAAAUCGGCCUGCAAGUAGGUUUGGUGAUCUUCGUCAUAUCUGGCUCGAGCGGGGACCGGCUCUGUCUGGGAACGCCCUUUCUCAGGCUAAAGCUCUUCGUCUUCCUUGCCGCCCAGUGUCUGCCCUACAGCAACGGCCGUCGCACCAGUGCAUUUCCAGCGACAAUUUACUGAAGCUGGCCAGGAACGCUCAACCUCAAUGGUGCCCUCUGCCUUCUCACCCUUGUUUCGACCGAAGCUCUUCGAUGCCGACGGCGCAUAACCAAGAAAAUGCUAGCGGUAUCGACUAUGGGCCAGAUAUACCUGAGAGUCACACGUCCUAUCAUAGCAGCAUGCCCAAGGAUGCCGAGGAACCGCCCAUACUUCCCAGCAUUCCCAGCAUGAGCAGUUGGGCUUAUGAGCCGUACGACACUCUAUCGGCGAACUACUCCUGCAAUCUCCUGCCCGAUACUCCCAACGCCUCGGCCAAAGCCCAUGAGGAUGGUCCGUUUGACACCCAUCAUCAUCAGUUUUACGAGAUCCAUCAUCACCACUACUAUUCGUACGCGGGAUGUCGAGCAGAUGGGGGCACAGAAGAGGAUGUGAAAGAUCACUCCACCUGCGGUCAAGACUCGCAAGCAGGCACUGUGCCUCCGGGAACCGAAGAUCACGCCAGCAUGUUCAAGCAGUCGUCGUACUACACAGCCCAGGGGCAGGACUAUUCUCCACCUUCGCAGUAUCCUCGAUAUGACGUGUCCGGCGGCACGAUAGCAAAUGGCAGCCCGGACGGUCUGGGCGGCGUAAACCGACCCAUAUCUUAUUCUCAGCUUCCGACAUAUUCGGCAUUGUAUACCAGCCCGCAAGCUGGAUACUUCGAUCAAGUUGCGGUGUUCCGUAGAUCCGAGAGCUCUCCUCAGCUUGCCGAUGUAUCGUACCGCGAUCACCGUCCAUAUGCGCAAGCCUCCAUCUCGCCGACUUCCAGCCACACGUGGUCCGCAAAUGAGUACGAUGGCGAGCUGUCCCAAGAAACCACAUUGGACUCGCCGUGGGUUUCUAGCUAUAUUUCACCGCAGUGGCUGCAUCCUAAGGUCCCUGUCCCGCUUCAACAUCUUCAUCGCUUUAACUCCAAUGGAUCAGCGUAUGAGUCAACUGAGCCUGCCAAUUACCCGAUGCCGGAAGAACCGCAAAUCACCAUCGACAAAAAGCAUAUGCCUGAUAGCGAAAUCCAACACAGACUGCAAAUCAGGGCUGACACAUUGAAUCUUAUGGCCGCCACUGCUAAGAGGGUGAGUGCGGCCGCUUGGCGACCUGAUCUGGAGCCGAAGGCAACAAUGUAAGUCUCGUGGUUUCUCUGAAAUUCAGCGGUGUAUCAAGCUGACGGAUAGUCCAAUUCUUCGAAACCAGCUCGGAAGUUCCGGACCCCACCCCGACCCCACUUCCCAAGCCGCCUACCUUCCCGUCGCAAAAGCCGCCACCUGCUGCAUUGUCCAUAGUGAUCCCCAGUCGCACCAUGCAAGUCAGGAAAAAACCCGUCAAGCGUACGCCAUCAAGCGCGACAACACCAGGAGGCAGUGCAAAACCUCGCCUCAU